UUCUCAGAGUCAGACAACAAGGAGAAGCUUCUCUGCUGGCCAGGAGAUUUCCCUGCUUACAUUUGAGGAGAAGAUGGCAAAGGUAACAACUGAUUACAACCAUGACAAUUACAAUGAAAGCGACGAGAAGCUGAUAGAACCAUGUGAUAGUGACAGUAUAAACUAUCUGGGAGCUCAAAUUUCCUACAUUUACUACUUCAUGUUUCUUAUCAGUCUGGUUGGCAACGGGCUGGUCCUGGUCAUCAUCCAUUGGUUUGAGAGGCUGACCACUGUGACCAACAUUUUUCUGCUGAACCUAGUGAUGUCCUCCUUGAUCUUCAUGAGCAGCCUUCCAUUCCAUGGAUUGUACAUGCAGCUCUCUAACUGGAUCUUUGGCAACGUUAUGUGCAAGAUUGUAGGUAGUGUCUACUACCUGGGCUUUUACAGUUCUGUCCUGUUUCUGGCUCUCCUGACCUUUGACCGACACCUUGCAGUCGUUUACUCCUUGGGUGCGCAACGAAUGAGAAGUCAACACUACGCGUUACUCUGCUGUGCUGUGGUGUGGCUGGUCAGCAGUCUGGCGUGCAUCCCAUCGAUGAUUCUAUACAGAACUUUUCAUUACGCCCUUGAUGACACAACGUUCUGUCAGGAAGUUCCUGGGAACUUGACAGAUACUCCUCUAAUCCAUCUGAGAAAUUCUGCAUUUUACAUUCAGCUUUUUAUUUUCUUGCUCUUUCCUCUGAUUGUUGUUGUGUACUGCUAUGUGAGGAUUGCUAUCACUGUCAUAUCAUCCAAGAUAGUUACCAAGUUCAAGACAGUCAGGUUGAUAUUUGUCAUUGUCCUGUUAUUUUUUAUUUGCUGGAUCCCAUACAAUGUUGUACUACUGACUGACAAUGGAAGUGUGGACUGUGAGGAAAGUAUGAGGAGGGGUUAUGCAGAACAAUUCACUCGUAAUCUUGCCUACAUUUACUUCUGCAUCAGUCCCAUCUUCUAUACAUUUGUUGGGAAAAAGUUCCAAAACUACUUCAGACAGAUGGUGGUAAAACGCUUCCCAGGGUUAAAGAAGUAUAUUUCUGUUGAUCAGGUCAGCAGAAGCAAUAUGUCCACAAAAAGUACACAAAACAAAUGAGCAGUGACAAACUCUGAGGAAUAUAAUGCUGUCUGUAGCAGAAGUAAAGCCAAAAUAUAAACCAUUACAACAUCCAUAUGUCAGUUAGCUACGCUCAAAACAAAGUUGCUUCCUCUUCAUCAUGACCACACCAUCAUGUGGUUUAGCUUAACAAAAGGAAGAGAUAGAGCACUGGUGGUUCAUUUACAAACUGGUUGGAAGACUUACUGUCCUCUAGUAGUCAGAAUUUGAUAAGUUUGAUAUGUCAGACCACACGUACACU